GACCACAUGCGUGCCGCCUUUUCCUUUAAACAGUGCGGGAAGUUCUUGCUUGAGCGGUCCUCGGACGAACGCUCGGCCAUCCAGGUUGAAAGUUUUGACUUUGCCUUCCACCUUGUUCACUCUGCUGUUGUGUUGCAGCCACCUGUAGGACUCCGGGUUGAGGUCGUUGGCAAACACGGCGGCGCCCAAGCGGGCCGCUGGGAUGGCAAAGGGUCCCACGCCUGCGAACACAUCGAACACUGUGUCGCCGCGCUUGACGAGCUCCACCACGCGCUGGUGUUCCGUGCUCAGCCUCGGAUUCCAGUACACGCGAGAGAAGUCAAACUCCGGAGCAGGGCCAAAGGUGCCUCCUUUGCCUCCUCUGUCUUUAACCUCAUGAAUGCAAUCAUGGGCAGUGGCAUUCUCGGACUAGCUUAUGCCAUGGCAAGCACCGGCAUAGUUGGCUUCUGCUUCCUGUUAAUACUUGUGUCCAGCCUGGCGGCAUAUUCCAUACAUCUCCUCCUCAAGCUUUGUGACAUGACAGGAAUCAAUUCAUAUGAAGAUUUGGGAGGACGAGCGUUACAAAAACCAGGAAAAGUUCUUGUUGGAAUUGCCAUCCUCAUCCAAAAUGUUGGUGCCAUGUCGUCAUAUUUGUUCAUCUUGAAGUCGGAGCUUCCGGCGGCCAUCACCAGCUUCCUGAGUCCAGACCAGACAGGAGAGGCCUGGUAUGAAGACGGCAGAUUGCUGCUGAUCCUCGUUUCACUGUGUGUGGUGCUUCCUCUUGCAAUAUUGCCAAAAAUUGGCUUCCUGGGCUACACCAGCAGCCUCGCCUUCUUUUUCAUGCUGUACUUUACCAUUGUGGUUGUGGUCAAGAAAUGGUCCAUCCCCUGCCCGCUGCCACAUAAUGUCACCACACUUGUAGGUGCAUGCCAGAUAUCAAAUUCCUCUGACUCGGAAUGCACGCCCAAACUUUUCGUCGUCUCCAGUAAGAGUGCCUAUGCCAUCCCCACCAUGGCCUUCUCCUUCCUAUGCCACACAGCCAUCCUGCCAAUCUACUGUGAACUGGAUCGGCCUACCAAAGCGAGGAUGCAGAAUGUUACCAAUGUCAGCGUCAGCCUCAGCUUCCUUCUUUACUUGGUUUCUGCCCUCUUUGGCUAUCUCACCUUCUACGCUCACGUGGACUCGGAGCUUCUGCUGGGCUACGAUGCGUACAUGCCGCGUGACAUCAUGGUAAUGAUGGUUCGGGUCGCCAUCAUCAUCUCUGUGCUGUUGACCGUACCGCUCAUCCACUUCCCUGCUCGUAAGGCCGUGAUCUUACUGUUGUGUGGAAAUCGUCCCUUUUCCUGGAUGAUUCACAUUACGACAACUCUGGUCAUCCUUGGAGUGGUGCUCUUGCUGGCCAUCUUUGUGCCAGAUAUACGAAAUGUGUUUGGAGUAGUGGGAUCGACGACAUCCAGCUGCCUUUUGUUUGUCUUCCCCGGCCUCUUCUACUUCAAGAUUAGCCACCAGCCUCUCCGAUCUUUUGACUCCAUCGGGGCGGUGUGUCUGGUGGUCUUUGGUUUAAUCGUGGGCGUUGUCAGCUUUUCGAUCAUCAUCUUCACAUGGAUACAUGGAGGUUCUUAGCCCGCAUCCCUCUUUUCCCUUUCUCAAAGCACAAGGGCAAAAAAGGAGAAUGAUACCAAAGAACCUAUUGGAUGGACUAAAGGAAUAGACAUAUGUUAUACUGUGUGCCCUCGGGCUGUGUAUUUUUAUGUUAAGUUGUGGUCAUCAUGCAGUUGUCCUGCAUAAACAUGGUCACAACAACAUUAAGAAUUCAUCACCAAUUCAGGGUGGUUGUUUGUUUUAGUUUUCUGUUAACCUCACAAUUAUUUUAUGGUGCAAUUUUGUUUACAUUCUAACUUUCCAUCAUUGAAACUAUUAUUUGUCUAACACAAUGGCUGGAUUUGAUUUCACAAAUUUAACAACUAACUUAUAAGCUUUUUAUGUUUAUCAUUUACCUCUUACAUUCUAAACUGUGUUUAAAAGACAUUUGCUGCUACUCGGGGAUCUACCCUUUUCAAUCCUGUAACUCGAUUGUACUGUUAAGUGGUUGUUAUGUAACCUAUAAUCAGAUGUACCUCAAAUGAAAGACACUCAAUAAA